UUCCCCUUCCAGUGAGCAUCGCUGUUGACGACACAGUAAAGGGGGAAAAACAGAAGAGAAGGGUCUGGAAGCAAUAAAAGCAGGCCUGAGAUGCAAGGAGGUGGAGAAAACGAGGAAGAAACGGCCUCCAUGCAGAGAACCGGGAAUUCAUGCCACGGGGCGUCCAGGAUUAAGGCUCCUAGUAGCGUUACAAACCCUAGCAGAACCCAGCCAUGACCCCGUCGCCUUAUUAUCUGGGUUUCUGGUUUUUUUGUACCAUUAUGAAACUCAUUCAUGGAAUGAAACCUGGCAUUGGAAUUCAAUGCAAAUCCAAACAGUUUCACCGAUACCUCACUUCAGUUCGAUCCAUAAGAGAUUCCAUCUUUGCUUUCGGACUGUUCAAACUUCGCAGAGACGCUGAAAGUGUGCAACAUAGGAGACUGAGCAAGAUCGUCGCCGAAGCCGUCAACUUUGAGCUACCCCACCGGGGAUUCUUUUUCUCUACUGGACCGAAUGACUUUGCUGGAUAGUCGCACUAUGUGAUCUUGUGUUACUUUUCGGUAUACUUUCCUGGGAGGUACCUUAUAAGCAAUGAUGAACCAUCAAGGUCAAAACAAUUCUAAUGAAAGCAUCCAAAGUGUGGCCAACCAUUGGGAAUCAAGUGAAGCCCUGAGAGUUGCUUCAUCAAGUUCUUGUACUGGAAGCAUUCAAAGUUUCCCAAAUAGUUUUAAUCCAAAUUUUCUCCCUUAUCAAGAGCAUCUUAAUAUUGUUCGAAGCAAUGAUCGCGGUGUAGGUGUUAUCCAUCAUAACCUGGACUUAAAUACAGAAUAUGUGGAAAAUAAUCAUGAAACCAAUCAGAAUGUGUCGGUAGGUUUGUGCCUACAUUCAUUUGCACCUGAUGUACCAGACAAUCAGAGUGACACUAAUUUAUCUGAUUUAAUGGCAAUUGAUGGUGGAAGCUCAUAUGUAGUGGAUCGACAAGGAGUGGAUAACUGCUUAGUGAACAUGAGUUAUUUGUCCUCCAAUAGAUCUCCUGAACAUGCUUCUAGAGAAGUGUUAACUGGUGAAAGUUCUAGAUCAGCUGUGCAAGCUAGGAUCCCCAUAUUGCAGGCUGCUACUGUCCAAGUCAAUGCCAGUAACAGCUUGGACAUAAUAGCUCCUUAUAUUAGUGCCGCAAAUAUCCGCCAACAACAAUUUGAUGCUGAAUUUAGUCAUGAGACUAUAAGGCCAGUUUCUAACAUGCGACUAUUGAAUGAAGCUAGGCAUGGCUCUGCUAAUAGUUCUCUAUUUUCAUUUGAGGCAGGUAGUAACAGCUUGAACAUAAUAGCUCCUUGUAUUAGCGCUUCAAAUAUCCGCCAACAACAGUUUGAUGCUGAAUUCGGUCAUGAGACUAUUAGGCCAGUUUCUAACAUGCAUCAAUUGAAUGAAGCUAGGCAUGGUUCUGCUAAUAGUUCUCUAUUUUCAUUUGAGGCAGGAAUUGAUCACGGUAUCACCAGGCCAGUUUAUAACAUGCUACGCUUAAGUCGUGCUAGACAAAUUAGACACUUUCAAAGCAAUAAUCACACAGAUGCUAGUCCUCUAGCCUCUGUACCAUCCAGCUAUUUGUCAAUGGGGCAGGGAAGGAACUUUCAUAGUCUUUUGUAUGGACAAACACCUCAGUAUCACCAACGAGACCAUCCUCAUUUCUUUAUCCAAGCACAAGCUUCAGUUGGUGUGGUUCCCUACGUGCAGCCAUUUGUGCAAUUUCCUAAUUUUCAUGAGAUUCUAGUGCCUGCCCGUUGGUUUAAUGUUAUGGGGCCAAGAAGCAUUGCACCUCCAUUUUCGCCUGUUUAUAUCAUUCCAGGAGGCAGAAACCCUGACAACAUUCCAAGAAAUAUAAUGGUUGCUUCUCAAACCAGAAGGGGAGCUCAGUCACCUUAUCUAGCAAACUUGAGUGUUGACAAUGGAACUGCAAACUUUCUUGGAAAUUUUGCUUCCCCUCUGCAUUAUGGUCCUUUUUCACACAGUUAUAUAUUGAAUGCUCCUACAGGUGUCCCUUGGUCCAAUGCUUUUGAACAGCAUAUGCCAAUGUUAUUGGGAGUUGGGAACCUCUCUGCAGCUGCAUCUAUUGGUUUCCCAAGGCAAAGCAGAAAUAUCGAACUUGAUUUAAACUCUCCAGCAAUCUCUCAAGAAAGGGACUUGGCUGUUGUAGUUAGUAGUGCUGGAUUUCAGAACCAGUUCAGAACGUCACAAAGAUCUGAGAAUCAAUCUUAUCUUAAUAUUGGACCUCCUAUUACUGUUGAAGCUAGAAACAAUCUGUUAACUGAGGAGAAUAGGCAACCUAUACUUGGAUUGAGUGAAAAAGAUAUUAUGGUACACCUUAGGCUUGAAGAGUUCCAAUCCUCCAGCGUGACCACUCCAGAAAGUGUUGAAUCCUGUUGUGUAUGUCAGGACAAUUAUGCUAAUGGGGAGGACAUUGGGGUCCUGGAUUGCCGGCACAAGUUUCACUAUGAGUGUAUCAGAAAAUGGCUGGGGAUCAAGAACACCUGCCCCGUCUGCGUACGGACAGGACUAGCUCUGUGAUAGAUCUUGAUUAGCUUGUCUUGACCGUGAUUUCAUGAACCGAAUAUGUUUAUUUUCUUUCUUUCUUUCUUUCUUUUUAAAAUUCCUGCUUUGAUCCGAUUUCUGUUUCAGUAAGUGAGCAAAUCCGUUAGACUCUUGGACGUCUCAAGUCCUUGAUUUUGUGCUGACCAUGGAUAAAUACA